AUGAAAAAGUUUGGCAGACCUACUCCUAAGCAAAAGCCAACUAAAAAGCCAGAUCCUGAGAAGAAGUCUUCUGCAGCCACUGAUGAAACAUCUGACAAAGAAAAGAAAAAGGGAGUUGAUGAAACCCUGAACAUUCUAGCAGAUGAAGUGGCUACAAAUAAAAAGACUGCUCAAAAUCAGAAAGAAACCAAGGAAAGGGAGUGGAGAAAGGAACAAAAGGCAAUUAAAGAAUGGGAAAUCAAAACAAAGGGUCUUGGCACUUCUGAAAGAAGAAAAUCUCACAAACAUAGCAAACCACCCCUUGCCACAUAUCCAAAAUCACCCUCACCACCAAAAACAAUUGGUCCCAAAACCACUGCUGGUACCAAAAGAACAUCCAUUGAUACACCUAAACCAACACCACCACCACAAAAACAGCCUACCAAAAAGCCUAUAACAAAACCAUCAUCACCAAUACCAUCCACUGCUGCAACAAAUGUUGACACUUCAACAAUUGCUAGUCAACCAAUCACCACUUUCCAAUUCCCUUCCCAAGCCAUACUCAUUCCUGUUUCCAAAUCCCCAACAAAAACCCCUUCUCCUACAAAGGUUUACACCAGAAAAAGAAAGUUUCAAGUGAAUGAUGAUGAUAUCCCUGCACCUACUGCUAUAUCAUCUUCACUUUUCAUUCAAACUAAUCCUGAACCAUUUAUUCCUCCACCAUCACCACCAUCAAACUUACUUGUUGACCCACAAGUACUUGAAGUGGAUGAUCCUGCAAAGAGAAAAUUUCCUUCCCUUCAUGGCUUUAGACCUCCAAAGAACAUGGAUGAGUAUUUAAAACUCAAAGCCAGGCAAGCUGAAUUGCAAGCCAAAUAUGAAGGAAAAGGGCAAGGUGAUGGUAACAUCUCAAGUGGAAUGCAGCAUGGGCUUAGUAAAGUCAAGAAAUUGGAAGACUAUGCAAGAGACUUAAGUAAAGAGAUGUCAAACUUACCAUCAAAUACUGAUCUGCAAAAGAAGCUGAGGAAAGAUCUCUUAGAGCUUAUCAUGAGAGACAAAUUCUAUCCUGCCAAAGUUGAACAAUUUAAAGACUGGCCACUCAUUGCACUCAAAGAUGAAGUUAAUAGAAUUGAAAGGAUAAGAAAUGAUCCUCAAAUGAAAAGAUCUGCACCAGAUUGGAAUAAGUACAAAAAGACUAUUGCAGAACUUACCCUGGAAUAUAAAAGGAAGAAGGCUGAGUUGGUUGCAGCCAAGUAUGGUUCAGCAAAGACCAUCUCAAAAUGGUUUAGGCAAUAUAUAGAUAUGGUCUAUGAGAAGCUUGAAAAACUAAGAGAAACGGAUCCCAUAGCACCAAAAAAACCAACAUACAAAAGCAAAACCACUGAUGAGCCAAAGCAGCAGACCUUCUCUCCAAAAACAUUGUUCACAUCAUCUGACACAUCCAUCAUUGCCUUAAAUCAAAGAAAAAGGCAAAAGCAGAUUGAUGAAGAAGAUGCAUAG